AAAUAUUAUUAUAAUUUUGGUUUUUGUUUGAAUUCAAAACUAUUCAGAAAAUCCACUGACCAAUUCUUAUUUUUCUUCUCUUUUUUCUUUUUUCUAAAAAAAUGCGUUUGACGGAUAUUAGGUUUCCAGAAGACCUUGUUGUCUUUCCUACCAGCGUCUUCCUCACUCCAUAGGCCUGCCUUUCUCUUGUUCAACAAACUUUUUCAACUUCAUAUACUUCAUUUUGGGGGAAAAAAAAAACAACCCAGACUUUUAAAUACUGUUUUUUCUCCCCCUCCCCCUUUUUUUGUGAGUAUUUUGAAUUUGGUUUAAGCUUUGAAGUGAAGGGAAAUAAUGGACUAUUUUGAGCUUUCUGCAAGUUCUUCUCACCAAGAUUACCUUAAAGUUCUUGAAACUGACAUUCAACAUGCCAAUAUUCUAGCUGCCUCUAUGUCAAGAGCUAAGGGAGCUGGAUGUCUUCAAAUGAAACUGGUUUACAAUCAUUUGGCACCCAUUUUAUUGUUUUUUCUUCAAUGGCUGGAUUGCUCGUGUUCAUGUCUAUUUUCAAGUUACCUAAACCUAUUUCACAUUGUUGUAUAUCAGGUACGCUCAGAUGGCAGGCCAAGUAUCUCUUCAUGUAGAAGGAAGGCCACCAUAAGAGAAUUCUACUCUGUUAUAUUACCAUCUCUUCAACGUCUUCAUGGUGAUCUCUCAGAGCUUGAUGAAACUGGAGAGGAAGAUCACUGCUUUGAAAUGGUUGUCAAGAAGAAAUUAGACGAUAAAAGGAAAGUAUCAGAUAUGGAGUUGGAGAGGGAAGAUGAAUGUGGAAUCUGUCUAGAGCCAUGCAACAAAGUUGUUUUGCCAAAUUGCUGCCAUGCAAUGUGUAUCAAUUGCUACCGUGACUGGAGCUUAAGAUCUGAAUCUUGCCCAUUUUGUCGUGGAAGUCUGAAACGAGUAACUUCUGGGGACUUGUGGGUUCUUACACGAAGUACUGAUGUGGUUGAAACCAAGACUGUGUUAAAGGAGGAUAUUUUGCGCUUCCAAUUGUAUAUAAACAAGCUGCCUAAGGAUCUGCCAGAUGCGUUGUUCGUAAUGUAUUAUGAGUAUUUGAUCUAAUCUGCUAGGAGAGAAUUCUCAUGUACAGAGAGAUAAUUGCCAACUGCUGGAUGUGCAUAUAUUCUGGUUAGAUAUUCACAUUGAGAAUUUCGGUUCCACGAUACAAUUUUUUUUGGCAAAAUAAUGUAUAUGAUCAUGUAAGAUCCCCAAUUAUUAAUAUUUAUAUUAGUUGACUUGGAGAUUGCCUCCCAGGCUUAAUGUUA